GGGAGUGAUGAACGCUAAUUUCCAAUUGUCUACAAAAGUGCCCGACGAUAAGGAUUUAUUAAAAAUUUCCAAUAAUGGAUACAUUAAAGAUUCACACUGUUUAAACAAAAGUGCAUACGAACCAUCAUCGUCAGUUUGUGAGGAGGGUUUAAGCCGAGCAAUGCCACUAAGCACAUCCUCAGAAAUAAGUGUUAAUUUGCCAAAUUCAAGAGACUGUUGGAUAUCGAAAGAAACGUUCUCAUCGCUAUUGGAAUCUGUUGUGAAAUUGGACUUAAAAAAUUCAGCGAAUAAAUUAGCGGCUUCUGUAGGAGUAUUAGCAGCAUUGUCACCCAUAAAAAGUGCCGACGGAAUGCUGGAACAAGAUUUUUUCGAAUUAACGAAAUGCCAAAAUGCUUUUGGAUUUGAUUUUAAGUUGGUUUCAAAACUAAGGACAUAGUUUCUAUGCAAAAGUUAUCCAAACAUACGAAUUCAUUGGAGUAUUUUUUAUACAGGCCGAAGUAAACAUUAUUAUUAAUUUUUUUUGAACUUACGAAGAAACUUGUUUUUCUUAUUUUGUAGUCUCAUUAAAGCCGCAUUCUGCCAUGGCACCUUGUAAUGCUUUUUUGUUAAUACUGGAACAGUACAUUUGCAAAUUUCUACAACAGUACUUCUAAAGAUCUCGAAACACUCGGAGACAUCAGAGUGGUGAAACAAGUUAUCCCAUUUGACAUCCAACAAAAGACCAUUCAAUUUCAAAAAAUCGUAUGAGUAUCAGUAUCGUAACAGUAUGAGCUGUUAUAAGUAUCGUUCACUUGUGGUGGCUGUAUUUGCAAGCCCUGUACGCUAUGCGCUGCUGUUCGUUCAUCCCCCGUUUUUAAUGUGAGCAGGCUUACAGUCACAAAAUCAGCUUCGUUUGCCCGUCUCUGAUAGAAAUUGGAUAGUGGCAUCCAUAGAACAUUUUUGCUGUAAACCAGUGCUAUAAGAGAUCGAAAGUAACCCUCUCCCCUUAUUUUUUAUUGUGUUUCUCACAACCACAAAUCUCUCAGCAAAGAGUGUUUGUCACCGUGUCAAAUUUCUGUAUGAUCUUUUUGUGUUUUCUGCUAUGGGUUUAUUAUCAACUGCUUAAAUUUCCCUUCCGCAAAGCCACUUUAGUAGGGAUUUUUAUUUUUAAGUGUCUUCGUUUUUGGGUUAUUAAAAGACAGAAAAAUAUACGUGGACAUACAUAAGUGGAAGAAAAGCGUUGGGCAUUUCUUUACACGACAUAUAAAUACACAUUAGACUGCAUCACCAAAAAAAGUUGCGGUUUUUCCGCCGGGAUUACAAAAUUU